CAUGGCGGCCUCAGGAACCGCAUCUACCUUGAGUUCCAUUGCCAGGGAAUAAUACACCACGUCGAGUUGGAGGGAUGCCCACGUGACGGCACGAGUCGUCCAGGGUCUCUAACCCCUUGUCCCUUAUCCUAGCCAGCUUGGCUUGGCUUGACGACGAGUCAAGAUGCCGGACAUCCGUGGGGACGCGCGUUGUCUCCCUGAGAUGCUGCCCUGGCUUGUUUUAUUUGCUCUACUGACCAUGGAGAGCAUGCUCGUGUUGCCUCGACGCCGGCAGUGGUAUUCACGAUGUCAGGUCGCUUUGGGAGUGAAAUUUGCAUAUUCUCUCGUCUUCCUUCGACUCUGUAUGCCCUUCUCUUGCCACUUGCAAAUGCCGACAUGCCCCCCCUUCUGUCACAACCAUUUCGCCCCAUCCUGCUAUCCUGUUUCCUGCCGUCCAUCAUGCUGUCGACAGCUGCUCUCUAAUCGCCACAGCCACCCGAUCUCCGUUGUCUCUAGCAAGUCAAUCCAGGGGCAGCGAGCCGUUAGCCGUGCAGAAGCCGUGCAGACGCCGUGCAGAAGCAAAUCAAAGAUGGACUAUAAACACGUGAGAUGACAUCUCCCGGUUGCUUCAACUAAGAGACUCUAGACGGGUAAGCCGGCUUACCCCUUUCCGGGGCGUCGUGGAUCGAGCCAUCUGCUCAGUCAAUGCCGAAUCCCAAUCAACCCUGCCUACAGGGACGGUAUUGUUGUCCAAAUCCAGCCCCUGGCCC